UCCCAUUUUCAGAAGCCUUUGCUAUAAGCUUGCUUAGACGGAGCCUUGAGCUACCAUACUGGAAUCAACGUGACUUUCAUCUAUAGAGUAUGGCAGAAAAUUUGGUCCUAGACAGCGUAACAUCAGAGAAGUAUAUGCGAAUAGCAGCUAUCUCCAUCGCAUUCUAUGAUUAUAUCCUCACAGUCCCUGCAGAAUGGCGUUUCUACCGAAGUCAACCAUCAAUUUUUCGUAUGAGUAUACCCUGUAUCUUAUUCAUUCUCAUACGUAUCGCAACUUUGGUAGGCAGCAAUUAUGGAUACUUCUCCACCGACUUCACCCAACAAGCGUGUCAACGAUAUUAUCUCGUUGCGCCUAUCUUCAAAGCCGUACAAAUCAUGAUAUCACAGGUCAUCCUAGGUGUCAGGACAUUCAAUGUUGCGGGGAGAGAUAGGCGUAUUGGAAUUGCGCUAUUGGCGUUAUACUUUUUCUUAGUUUUGGUGGAGUGGUCCACCGAUAUGUAUGGACGGACCCCUGUUGUUAUUGAUGGAAACUGCACCUCAGCAGAUGCUGGUAAAACAUUGUCAACUUGGUUCUUCUAUCUCGCCGCUAUGUUGUAUGACAUCGUGGUGGUGACGAUUUCUACCAAGUACCUUCUGCGUUAUAGCCCUUUGAGCAGCAGGGUAGAACGGCUGGUACGGGUCCUGAUAUAUGACGGCGUUGGAUAUUUCGUCGUGUUAACCGCGUCGAACGUACUGAACCUUAUCCUUUAUCAUACAACCGAUUUCCAGACUCAGGUAUGUAGGGCAUCGAUGGGGUAUGCUGUGACGUGGAUCAUGAGCCAACGAAUCCUCAUCCAUGUACGAGAAAUGACAGAGAUAGACCCCAAAUCAUCAGAAAGAGUGGUUCUCGCGCGUCCCACACUCGGUGCACAGAGAAGGAUGUUGUCCGGUCUCCGCUCACAAUUCGAAUCUAAGAGCCAGUCGAAAAAUUCGAAAAAUUCCAAAGAUGCAGAGCUAGCGCCCACGUCACCUCGCAAUGGGAAUGCCAAUGAUAUGGGGCUCGAUAUACGUGUACGCGUCGAGCGCUCAGUGGUCGUAGACCAUACGCCUGUAGACGAAUCUGAUCAUUCCAGUGUGUGGGAGGCGCCGGAGGUGAAAUGAAUUUAGAGGCAUUGGUGCAGAACAAGAAUCAUGGCGAACGAACACCUGUCUACUACGUGAUACCACUAGGGCUCACAGACGAUAUUUACUACUUUAGAGAUAUUGGUACUUUGGAUUUAGAAGAAAUACAUACCCCUGUUUGGACCAACUACAAUCACUGCAAAUACGGACUGUAUGUUGAGGCGGCGACGUUUGUUUUAGCAUAUUUUCAAGUCGAGCAUGAUAUUAUCACGUACUUCGUCUCGAAU